CUUUCACCUUUUUUGUUUGUUUAAAUGCAAGAUCUAUCCGAUACAAAAGCACUUGAUACGUUUACAAUUAACUUGAAUGCUUCCUUCUCUCUUCAUUUAAGCCAACAAAACAAUACACAAAACCAUGGAACUACUGUCUGGGACUCUGCCAAACUUCUCGCUCUGUACUUAUUUGAUUCACUCAAGAGACCCACCUUUAAAGAUACUCGAGUACACAACCAAAAGACCUGUCUUGAAUUAGGCAGUGGGUGUGGGCUAGGUGGCUUGACUAUGGCAGCCUUAGGAUUUAAUACCGUCUUGACAGAUUUACCCGAAAUAGUCCAUUGCGUGCUUGAACCUAACUGCACAACAGCCAUGGAUGCCAUUCUUGAUUGGUGGCAUCAUUUAUAUCCCUCUCCUGUGAUAGAGCCACCCAAGAUCAGCGUACAAGCAUUGAAUUGGUUAGAUACAGAAGCAUCUGAACCUACUAUUUUUGAUUAUAUUAUUGCAUCAGACUGUAUAUAUGAAAUUGAACUGGUAGAGCCCUUGUUGAAUUGUAUCAAGCAGCAUGCUUCGCAUCAAACACUUGUAUUUAUUGCUAUGGAGCGUAGAGAUGAUGCUGUGGUGGAUGGGUUCAUUGAAAAAGCACGCUUGAUAGGAUUCGAGCCAAGAAUGGUACUUAAGAAACUCAUCAAAAAUCAACUGGUUGGUAAUGAAGACGUUGAAAUAUGGAAGCUCAAGUUAAGAAAGAUACGUAAAUAAACCUUCAUUUUUUUUUUUCUUCUGAUAAUUUUUUCGGUGCCUAGUUGCUUUCGUGGUGACAAAAAAGGCAAUUUGGGUCACGACGAACCCGUCGCAAUCUCCACCGGGCAAUUUUUUUUUCUCAGUAUCCCCCUAAACAAAGCAGCCGAUGUGCAUUGUGAGGAAUCCCUCUUUUCAAC